AUGAACAACGUUGGUCCCCUUCAUGAAAACAUUGUUGCCACUGCUCAAGCUUGUGAGACACCCAUUAGUAUGUCGUCUUUUGAAGCUUUCCUUCUCUUUGUAGAAUGUCGACUUCAGGCUUCUUCUUCUGCUGCUAUUUCUUCUGGUGCGACAGCCAUUGUGGCUUCCCGUGGUGGUCUUGGUUAUGGAGAUCACGGCGGAUUUGCUAGUCCUGGUGGUCGCAGUUUUAGCAAUCGUGGUUGUAGUUUUUCUGGCGCACCUAACAACGCUCCUUGCUCGGGUCCACAUCAGCAGCGCCUCGACAGUGCUUUUGGGCUUGGUGUUAUUGGGUCCCCGCCUUCUGGCUUUACUCGUUCCUCUUUUGGGCCUCCUUCAACUCGUGGGCCUAUUUAA